UAGGAGAGAAUGCUCUGUGAGCGUAUGUGGCUCUUUCGCCAGCAGCGCUGAUCCUUGAGGAAGUGUUGCCCGAAAGGAUAUAUCAUUCUGUGUUGAGGAAGCCUCAUAAAGAAAGGAAAAAGGGUCUUCCUUGGUCUAAGGAUAAAAAUGCAGCUGGGAGAUAAUGACAGUUACCCAUUACACUUCCCAGAGAUCAUCAUGCAGACAUCAGAGACUGGAUCGGACACAGGUUCGACGGUGACCUUACAGACGUCUGUUGCCGGCCAAGCAGCAGUACCCACCCAGGUAGUACAGCAAGUUCCUGUACAGCAACAGGUUCAACAAGUACAGACCGUUCAACAGGUACAGCAUGUCUACCCUGCGCAGGUGCAGUAUGUGGAAGGAAAUGAUACAGUAUACACAAACGGAGCGAUUCGAACAACAAAUUAUCCUUACACAGAAACCCAGAUGUACAGCCAAAACACUGGAGGAAAUUACUUUGAUACUCAAGGAAGUUCUGCCCAAGUAACUACAGUGGUAUCAUCUCAUAAUAUGGUGGGCACUGGAGGAAUUCAGAUGGGUGUUACUGGGGGACAGCUCAUUAGCAGCUCCGGAGGAACCUAUCUGAUUGGUAAUUCAAUGGAAAAUUCUGGGCAUUCGGUGACACACACAACUCGGGCCUCUCCAGCUACAAUUGAAAUGGCGAUUGAGACGCUGCAAAAGUCUGACGGUCUGUCCACUCACAGAAGCUCUCUUCUCAACAGCCAUCUCCAGUGGUUGUUGGAUAAUUAUGAAACAGCAGAAGGAGUAAGCCUUCCCAGAAGUACCCUUUACAACCAUUACCUACGACACUGUCAGGAACACAAAUUGGAUCCAGUCAAUGCUGCCUCCUUUGGAAAACUCAUACGGUCGAUUUUCAUGGGGCUUCGAACCAGGAGAUUGGGGACGAGAGGGAAUUCCAAGUACCAUUAUUACGGGAUUCGUGUCAAGCCAGAUUCCCCUCUUAAUCGGCUACAAGAGGACAUGCAAUAUAUGGCGAUGAGACAACAACCCAUGCAACAGAAACAAAGGUAUAAGCCUAUGCAGAAAGUGGAUGGAGUGGCAGAUGGUUUCACGGGAAGUGCACAGCAGACGGGCACAUCCGUGGAACAGACCGUAAUUGCCCAAAGUCAGCAUCAUCAACAGUUUUUAGAUGCAUCUCGAGCACUUCCAGAGUUUGGAGAAGUUGAAAUAUCAUCUCUGCCAGAUGGUACUACCUUUGAGGAUAUCAAGUCACUGCAGAGUCUUUAUCGAGAGCACUGUGAGGCAAUAUUGGAUGUGGUCGUGAACCUUCAGUUUAGCCUGAUAGAAAAACUAUGGCAAACUUUCUGGCGCUACUCUCCCUCACCUCCAGCCGACGGCACUAUGACUGAAUCAAGCAAUCUGAGCGAAAUAGAAAGUCGACUUCCGAAAGCAAAGCUGAUAACUCUGUGCAAAAAUGAGUCUAUCCUGAAAUGGAUGUGUAACUGUGACCAUGUGAUGUACCAGGCUUUGGUGGAGAUUCUCAUUCCUGACGUCCUUAGACCUAUUCCUAGUGCCUUGACCCAAGCCAUUCGCAAUUUUGCAAAAAGCCUUGAAGGUUGGCUGUCCAAUGCCAUGAACAAUAUUCCACAAAGGAUGAUACAAACCAAGGUUGCCGCUGUAAGUGCCUUUGCCCAGACUCUGCGAAGAUACACAUCGCUUAAUCACCUGGCUCAGGCAGCUCGUGCCGUACUUCAAAACACUUCUCAAAUCAACCAGAUGCUCAAUGACCUCAACCGCGUCGAUUUUGCCAAUGUACAGGAGCAGGCUUCCUGGGUGUGCCAGUGUGAUGAUAACAUGGUUCAGAGACUAGAAACAGAUUUCAAGAUGACUCUUCAACAACAGAGUACCCUGGAGCAGUGGGCUGCUUGGCUCGACAAUGUAAUGAUGCAAGCCCUAAAACCCUAUGAAGGAAGACCCAGCUUUCCUAAAGCUGCCCGGCAGUUCCUUCUGAAAUGGUCUUUCUACAGUUCAAUGGUUAUUCGAGACUUAACCUUACGCAGUGCUGCUAGCUUUGGUUCAUUCCAUCUGAUCCGUCUGCUCUACGACGAAUACAUGUUUUACCUGGUAGAGCAUCGUGUUGCUCAGGCAACUGGAGAGACACCUAUAGCGGUUAUGGGAGAGUUUGGUGAUAUAAAUGCCGGAUCUCCUGGAAAUAUGGACAAAGACGAAGGCAGCGAAGUUGAAAGCGAGAUAGACGAAGAGCUGGACGAUUCUUCGGAGCCCCAAGCCAAGAGGGAGAAAACAGAGCUGAACCAGGCGUUUCAGGUGGGCUGCAUGCAGCCGGCACUCGAGAGUGCAGUACAGCAGAGCCUUCUGAAUCCAAUUCACAAUGAGCACAUUGUCACAAGUACUCAGACUAUCAGACAGUGCAGUGCUACUGGAAAUACGUAUACCGCAGUCUAGAGCUUAUUUUUCCAGAGUACGUUAACCUGGUUGAUGUUGGGCUUACGUUGACAGUAGAAUAAGCCUGAAGGUCGACUGUUGUCAAAUUUUACCUGUGCUUUACAUUUACCUUUUUCGGAGUCGUGAAAUGUAUCUCGCCGGAUCUGUUGGAUUUUUUUUUUUAUUUUUUUUUUUUAUUUUUGGUAAACGAAAUCAUUUGCCUCUCGAUAUUAAAGGGUUUCCUUAGUUUCAGUGUCAAGAAGGAUUUUACAGUGCUUAAUGUCAAUGUUUUCGUCUUCUUUAUAAUUACAAAGUAAUUUACAUUUUUCCUAGUUUUAAAAAUAUGACCACGUUAAUUGUUAGUCAUGGUGUACGAUUCCAUAUGUAGGUUUUUAAUUAGGUGCACUUCUGUGAAAUAUCACGAGAAAAUAGAUUUCUUUGAUUUACACUGGAGGCAGACUCAUUUGACAGCAGAUGCAUCAAAUAUGCUUUUCAAGGGUGCUUUUCACCGGACAGAAUUUUGACACUAUUUUGGUAACAUUUCCGAGUGUCGAGGGAGAGAGCGUCUAGGGCAUUUUUAUGAUAAUGCUAGAGGGUGGGAAGGUCAACUAUUUUUCUCUGAGAAAGAAUUGAGUUGUCUGCAUUUAUUAGUGCAGAGCCGAAUGACAGAAUUGCAAGAGAUUAUGCUAAUGUGGACGUAAUGCGAGUACAUAAUUAUCCAGCCACAUUAGCAAUGCAAGCUUCCGUUAUAAACGUCAGUUUUCGCUGUUAUUUGCAUACCAGUUCCUCGGUUUGAAGACUACUGAUUCUGUAUUUGGGACCACUGCACAGAUGCUUUUCUGCUGUUCCGUGGGGCUUUGUAGUUAGUUACUGAAGCUGAAAAAAAGUGACUUGACUUUUUGUUUUUUAAGUGUACGUGCUACUUAAUGCUGAACUGGACAUACGGGAAACCAUUCCGUUCGGAUGACUUUCUUCUAUUCCAGGUCUUUUUUCCUAAUAGUAGUUCAGUGUGCUGCUAUUAUAAAAGAUAAUUUAUAGAAUGCAAGGAAUGUAGCAACCUGCAUCAUUGUUUCCUUCAGAAAGCUAUCUCCUGGUUCCUAAAGUGAAUUUAAAUUCAAAAAAAUGAAAAAAAAGAAGAUUAAGGCAGUGUAACUGGCACACCUCACUUGUACUUAUUCCCAAUUCUGUAGAAUUUGAAUAGGUGGCUAGAUGGACCAUUGCCAUUUCUAAGAAUGUACAUCAGGGAUCAUUGUACCUCGGCUAUUACAUGGUGCCUUAAAACAGAACUGAAGCUAAGAUUUACUACUUUUUGUGUUAAUAUAAAUAACUCUUAAAUUCAUUCAACAAGGGUGGGCCUGUCAUUUUCAGAUUCCCUAAGAAGUAAGGGCAGGUUACACGGUCUUCAAAGGACAAUUUAAAAAAAAAAAAAGGUUUUAAUAUCCCUCUUGGAGUGACAAUAAACCUAUUUUUUUCUUGUUUAUAGUUGAAUUUCACUUUAUUACAAAUUAGAAUUGCUUGGGGGUGGAGGAUGGUGGGCUAGUUUUAGUACCAACUUACCGUGUUGUCAGUAAAGUAGGAGGCCCCCUAACUCCAAGCAACAUUAUAUAUUUUCUAAACCCUUCUUGUCUAUUUUUAAUUUUAAAAAGUAAACAAAAAUGAGCAGGUACUUAAUGCAGUGCAUGUGACCAGUUUGUGCGUGUGUGUGCGUGAUUGUGUGUGUGUGUGUGAGUGUGUAUGCCUGCACACGUGUGGAGGUGUCAGUCUGCUACCAAAUCAGAAGGUUAGAUCAUAGGGAAUGUGUGCCCAUCCCAUCUUAAUGAAAUCAUUCUUAUUUUAAACAUUCCAUUUUUUUUUUAAAAGGCACAUCAAUUUAUUUUAAUAAUGGUCAAAAAUGAAUAAGCAAAAAAAAAAAAAAAGCCAAAAUGAGGGAAAGCACAAAAUGAUUUUGAGGAUGACUAAUAAGGCUUAUAUGAAAUUUCAAAUGAUUAUUUGAUCCCGUUUACCCAGGCUGUGGGAGAAACUGAUCUGUGAGAGGAGGGACGUCCCAAAUGACUUACCUUCACGGCUCACGAACGCUAUUUUCAUACUGUUGACCGUUCGAUUUUCCUAUGCUUACAAAAUAGCUAAAUUUUCUUAAUUACAUUUUAAAUGCGCUAGUGUAAAAGUUUUAAACGACUUCAAAUUUUGCAUUACACAACUGUCAUGUUUCUUGAAAGACCACACUAGGGUGUAGCUUUUGUUCAUUCAGAUAUCAUUUAAAUGACAGUUCUUUUUCCCCUUCCAAAAUGUCCACUUUCACACCCUUCACCAAAAACCUAAGCUGCAAUGAACAUUAACUGCUUUCAUUGUGCAUUUUGAAAUGUUUACAGAUAAAAUCGAGUGAGAUUUUUAGAACAGAGGCAGAAAAACGCUUUCAUUUCAACAGAAAUUUUCAUUCUGGUUGUUGUUGGUUUGUUUCUAAUACUGGUGGUCCUGGAAUUCACAAAUACCAUUUUUUCGGUCGACAGACUUUUACCCCUUUCAGUUCAGUGGUGGACUUGCUUGUCCCGAGAGCGAAGUCUGAUUGCAGAUUUCGAUGGAUUUGAGAGGUAGAGCCUCUGAAUCCUUAAUAACGCAACUGGCCCUUCCCCACCCCUAUUCCUUUAGCGUACAGGAUGAAGUACAUUUUGCAACUUGAUCCAACUAAUUGCAUUCAGACUCAAAAAUCAGAAGAAGGAGGUCAGAUGGUAAAAUGCCAGAAGUCUCAUUUGAUGAGCCAGAAUGACAGUUAAUUUAGCUAAAAUCUACUUGCUCAGAUUAUGUGCAUGCAUCUAUAUGAAUAUAGACUUCUCAGAAUACACCUAAAAUUAUGUAUAGCUCACAAUGACCUAAAAUGGAACUGGCAUUCCUUACACACAACUGUUGUUCCAAGUUACUCGAAAUUGAUCUCGGUUAAUUUGAAAACCAAAAAGUCUCAAUAUAUCGGAGCCGUUUCCUAGCUAACGUAUUUCACUGAAAGGUUUUGUUUGUUUUUCACUUUUUUUUUUGUUCCCUAUGCCCUUUAACGCUUUCUAAAGAAUUUUGAACACUAACCAGAUCUCUCUUAAGAGCCUAAUAGCAUGUGAAAUAUGUAAUUAAAUAAGUUUGGGGGGUUUUUUUGUAAUUCACCAAGACUGUACACUUUGAAACACUAACAGCAUAUACAAAUAGAGACAUAUGCCAAGCUCCACACUUUCGAUAGGUAGUAAACGUAUGGAUUAAAAACAUUGGUUUUACAUUAAAAACCAGACAAUUGCAGAACCCAGGAUUGGAUAGGAUGAGUUUUAUCUGAUCCUCAUAUUGAGGUAAGAAUAAUGUAAAAUUGCUUUACCUUUUUCCACCUUGCCAAUCAGAUGGGCGAGACUAGCGAAUCAAUGCCUAGGAACACAGGGUCCAAUUUUCACAAGUUUUCUGUAAUCACCAGCUUUUCAUUAGGUUUUUAUCAUUUUCCUCAUACCAGGUCUGAAAUUAGUCUCGUUGUUUUUUAUUAUUAUUUUUUUACCAAAACUGGGUUUGAAGUUUAAAAUUUGUAUUGCCUUUUCGAUCUGCUUUCCUUUUUUGCUUAUUCUUGUACUCUAGCAUGACACACGCACCUCUCUCUAGAUAACGUUUUUGAAAACAAAUCAAGUCUUGGAGAAAGAAUUCAGAAUUUCAGACAUAAAAUUAGUAGUGUGCAACAUUACUGCCUCUGAUUCCUAACUGAGUGAAACUGAACACGUUCUAGUACAAUGCUGUAAAAGUCAUUCAGGAAUGUAAAAAGUAUAUAAAUACAGUCAUGAACAUUUGCACCUGAGCUCAGUCACUAGACUUCAGAAACGAACCACCUUUCCUUUGAUUUCAGAUAAUGUAUUUUAAGGCUCUGAAAUAAUGCUGUACUGGAACUAUUUUAGCUUAAAAAAAAAAAAGAUGUGUCACUGUGAUGUUAGUCCUCACUCUGUGGACAUGGGUGGAAAGAAAGACAAGAGGGCCGCGCCUCACUUCUGUGAUCAAUUUAAGGCGAGGAGUUUUCAAAGACCCUACUGUCUUCUGUUAUGUCGACCCCAAAUAAAUUCUCGGAUGAGUUAGCGUUUUAAUAUUAACCAGUUUUGUAUCGCAGAUUCAUGACAGUGAUUCCAGAAUGUGAGGGAUGAAUUUGGCAUGCAGUCCUAUUUCUUGAAAUUUGGGCCUUGUCUCUACAGAGCAGGACAACCUCUGUGUAUACGGCUAGAACAAGUCAGUGAAUGAGAUCCUAGUAUUUCUGCUAGUUCGGUGAUUUGAAGAAAACUGGAAUAGAAGCCUAAACUCAGUGCUUAGUUCUAGUAUUAGAAAACCCAUUGAUGUAUGCCUUGUAUUAACCCUUUGAGCAUUGUAAAGUAAUAUGAAGGGGACAAAAGUCUUUUCGAAAUCUUCCGUGGAUUGAUCCGAUGAAAAUGUUGUAAAGAUCCAAAAUGCUGUAAAACCAAACCAAACGAGACAAAGUGUUUCCAGACUGAAUACUUACUUGCCUAUCGUAUACGCCUAUUAAAUUUCCUGGAGGGCUUGAGCUUUAAUCUCCCCAAAUAUUCACUGCCGUCUACAGGAUGUGUACUGACAGCCGCCAUGAAUCGUUUUCAACCUCUCUCGUACCCCCUCUCCUCCUCUAACCCCGGGGCUGCCUCCUUGCCCGACCCCACGUGAAGGAAAACCGGCACUGUCGUACGCGCCCGAUUUGAUGCGCUCAGGCGCCCAAGCCAUUCCUCCCACCCCGUGGCCUCGCCGUAUCCAAACAGGCCCGCGUGGUCGGACGGACGGACGUUCCCCAGCUCCCUAACGGUGUCCUAGCUGAGAUGCCUGGCGAAAACGUGUGUUAGGGCAGAACUGAAUUUAUCGCAUCACAUGGUCCUGUAGACACCUACGCCAUGAAUGAUUUCUCCACGCUGAACGUGAAGAAAUCGCCUUUAAAAGGUAUUGACAACGAAAGGUCGAUUUUGGACUCUUUAAGAAAAAGGACACCAGGUCAUUUACCUAGCAGUGGAAUAUUACGAGUAGUUCGAAGCCUUUAGGGAUUGGACAGUUUUAGGAAGGAAAAAAAAAAAAAGAUGACUAUUGCAGGGCGGCGUGUAUGCUGCUUACUUAGAUGGAUAACGGGACAGAGUCUAGAGACUCCUAUGGAAUAGACGAGAGUUUUAUUCUUAAUAUUUUGUCAUUAAAGUCAUUUGAAGAUCAAAUGGAGUUAAAGGCAUUUGGUUUACAUUCAUCUGUCAAAAAAAGCGCUACGAAUCCUGCUUCUGAUAAUCUUUGAAUGUCAGUUUUCCUCCAACAGAGCAGAUUUUGUUCAAGGGGAUUCACUUGGAGCACUUGGUCCCCUGCAAAUAUCAAACACACGAGCAGUGUUGCCUGCAGAUGUGCUUGCUUUGCUCUAGCUAAGUGCGAAUAGGAAAGUAUCAUUUUAAGAUAUCUAUGAAUUGUCAUCAAUAGUAUAGUGCAAGUAUGCCGUAUACAUUUUUUUAAGCAGUUAGAAAGUCAAACCAUGCAAAUUAUUCAUGUGUUAAAAUUAGCUUAAAACAAACGCAAUACUCAAAGGGUUUUAAUUUAACAAUUUUCUUUAAUUCUUCAUAAUGAUUUACUGUAAAUGCUUCUCAGUUUGCAUGCCUUGAUCAUUGCUGCUAGUGAUUUUAUGUGCCAGUAGACCUGAGUUUAGUUUACCAAUUUUACUUAAAAAAAAUAGUAAAAGCCACUUACAAAGUGACUGCCUAGUUUUUGUUUUUGUUUCCGUUUCUGGUUUGUUUGAAGUAAA